GGACACCGGGGAAGUGAAAGGAUGGUCUGCUGCAUGUUUGCAAUUAGUUGGGGGGAGAAAAAAAAAAGUAUAUAGAUCGCUACCACAGUAGCUGGCACUUUUAAAAACCUUUUCAUCUUAAAAAUGCCUCCGAGAAAGGCACCUGUAAUUAACACAACCUCUUCGGAAGAAAGUAUUUCUCCAGCUGCCGAUGAAAUUACCAACAAGAAGAAGACCAAGACGGCCGAAGUGGCUGAACCUGAUGUCGGGAACCCCACAAACGCAGCAGCCGUGAGGAAGAUGUCUGCCCAUCCAUCUACGCUGGAGAUGAUUAAAGAGGCGCUUAAGGCGCUGGAUUCCCGUAAAGGAUCAUCCGUCCAAGCCAUACGAGGCUACAUACUGAAGAAAUACCCCUCCGUGGACGCUGUCAGGUUUAAACACAUGCUGCGCAAGGCCUUAAUUAAAGGACUUGAAGGCGGAGCGCUGGUUAGACCCCCAAACUCCUCAGCGACUGGCGCACAGGGGAGGUUCCGGCUUCCUGCGAAAAACAAACCAAAAGACUCCCAAAAGUCAAUGGAGAACUCUGAUCCUAAUACCAGAGAGACUCCAAAAACUGAGGCUCCUGUGAAGAAGGUGAAGGGAAAAGCAGAAGCAUCUGACAAGCCAAAGCCUGCAAAGAAACCGAAGCCCAAGCGCGCAAAGGAUUCAGUAUCUCCAGAGGACUCUGGCUCCAAGGUGGCUCCUGUUAAGAAACCUAAAACCAAGAAGCCUGCUGGGGGAAAAAAGCAGGAGGACAAGGUUCUGAAGCCAGUGCAGACCCAACCUAGUGAGGCUGGGGAGGACGGUGGUGCCCCUGCAGGCAAAAACUCUAAACGUGGAAAGAUGAAGUAACUUUAGCAUGUUGGGUUAUUUGUUUUUUAUUUUCUAACUUUGAAUAAACUUCUAAAUCUGA